CCAUUAUCAAAUUGUUGCUAAAUAAUAAACUAUGAUUGCAAUAGUUGGGGGAGACCGGCCGGCGAACGCAGCCGUGUCGCUAGUAAACGAUCGGGGGUAUUGAUGGAAAUCUGAUGUAAAUGUCUAUGAAUAGUGCAGACGUCCUCACGUGUUGUUUCUCUCUUCCUUCUUUAUUCUAUUUUUCUUCUUUCUGAUCAACUUUCUCUCCUUGCCAGGGAGAAAAAACCGCCCGUUGUCUUUUUCUUCUUAGCUUUGUUGGGUAAUAUUUAGAGACGAUUGUUCUCCUUUUGUUUUGGAAAAGGAGAAGAAACACUUAAUAGAAUGGAGACCAGUUUUAAGGCCAAAAUAUUCAACGGCGAUCACUCUCAAAUGGAAAUCGGAUCUGGGAAUUUUGGGUGCUCGCAUUAUCGUAGGAGGUGCAAAAUCAGAGCACCUUGCUGUGGUGAGAUAUUCAGUUGCAGGCAUUGCCACAAUGAAUCCAAGAAUUCUAUGGAUGUCAAUCCUCUUGAUCGUCAUGACAUUCCUCGCCAUGAUUUAAAAAGGGUAAUCUGUAGUUUAUGUGACACAGAACAAGAUGUUCAGCAGCACUGCAUUAACUGUGGAGUUUGUAUGGGGAAGUACUUUUGCUCUAAAUGCAAAUUCUUUGACGAUGAUGUUUCAAAGAACCAGUAUCAUUGCGAUGAAUGCGGUAUCUGCAGGACUGGAGGGGAGGAGAACUUUUUUCAUUGUAAUAAAUGUGGGUGUUGCUACUCAAAAAUGCUGAAGGAUACACACAAUUGUGUGGAAAGAGCAAUGCACCAUAAUUGCCCUGUUUGCUUUGAGUUUAUUUUUGAUACGACGAAGGACAUUACUGUCUUGCCAUGUGGACACACUAUACAUUUGGAAUGUUUAAAAGAGAUGGAACAGCAUUUCCAUUAUUCAUGCCCUGUUUGUUCAAAAUCAUUCUGUGAUAUGUCCCGGGUGUGGAAAAAACUAGAUGAAGAGGUUGCUUCAACACCAAUGCCUCAAAUGUAUGAAAAGAAGAUGGUUUGGAUUCUCUGUAAUGACUGUGGGGAAACAACAGAGGUGAAUUUUCAUAUCUUGGCACACAAGUGCCUGAAAUGCAAUUCAUACAACACAAGGCAGACACGGGGAGGGCCUACGACAUGUUCAUCCAGGGUUGUGGACUUGGUUAGGUGACUGACUUCUCAAUUGAAGGUUCUGCAGUAAUGUUUUAUGUAUUUUUCGUAUGUCUGUCAAAGGUAGCUGGAGGGAAGGCGCAGAAUAUCAAUUUCUCUGUUCCUUGCAUAUUGUUUCGGUUGGCUUGCUGGUUGUGUAAUCCACGGGGACUUCUCUAUCUAUAAGGACAGAGGAUAGUAGGAUCCAGCUGAUCAUCCAUCUAAUUAUCAGGUUAUAGGGUUUAAUCACUUGAAAAUAAAGUAGGAUUAUAUUACUGUGCAA